CCUAGCGCAUCCCGUUGGAAAUUUAAAUAUGCUUCGAGGCUGACACAUAGCAGUGGAAAGCGUAAAUUUAGCGGGUUGUUACGACUUCGUAAGCUGCUCGACAUACGAGUGGGAUGUGAGAAGUUACAAAAUCAGAAACCCAGCCACAGAGAGAAUCAUCUCCGUGGUCCCGAGCGACUCGUAGUGUGAGUCGUGAGGUUGGUUCAAGCAGCCCCUCGGCUCAUCUCGAGCCUUAGCACCAUACUUCUCCGUAUCUUCUAUACAAUAUAUGUUUACCACCCAACAAAGAUCACAUAUCACCUUCGUAUAGCUACCAAGCUCCAAAACUCAGUGCGGCGGCUUCGUGUACUAGUAGCUUUCCCCGACUCAUAAUUUGCGAACUGUCUUCUGGGAAGCCUCAUGCUCGAUCAGGAGAUGCAGAGUAUGGAGGCUACCAAGAUCAAUUAUCGUAAGUCUCACGAGAGGCGUGAGAAGGUAUGUGAACUGAUGGUCUUCUUGCGUCCUUUCCCCCCGGAAUCUUUGCUUGACGGUCCUCCACCGAACGUUUCCGAGGCCCAGCGGCAGAUAUCGUUAUGCCAUCCAAGUGAUUGAGGAAGGUAGGACUGAGUUUCGAGAUCGUGCUUGUGCAAUGGUCGCAGGUAGGCUUAGUGGUACAUGAUCCUCGAGACGUUGUUGGGUGUCAACCCUGUACACGAAGCAACGGGGCAAAGGUCGGACCGUCAAGCACGGCAGAUUUCAGAGAUGUGUAUAUUGGCUGGCGAUCAAGGACUCGUCGUGACGACAUGUUGUUGAAGCUGCUCUGGUCU